CGGAGGGAGCGAGCGCGCGCGCUUAUCUCCGAUUGGUGUGGCCGCAAGCCUCAGCUGCGCACGCUCGGGUUGCUAGGGGUGUCGGGGCCGCGCGGGCUGGUUUCGGUUUCGUUGUGGCGAAGCGGACGGUAGAUGCAACGUGGGAUCUUCAGCACGAUCAGAAACUUAUUCAGAAUGGGCAUAAAAGGAUCCAAGAGUAAGCCUAUACGGUACACCAAUUUCCCUUUCCUUGAAGACAGAAAUACCAUAGAAGCAAUCAAAGCAGUUCACUCCCUCUUCAUUCUGCGUGGCCUUCCAGGCAGCGGGAAGUCUACCAUUGCCAAACAAAUCACAGAAAAAUAUUCGGAGAUCUCUGCUAUCGCUUCUGCUGAUGACUUCAAGAUCAUUCCCCAGGUGGAUGACUCUGAGGCAGACAGUAGUAGGUACAACAAGUUGGACCAGAAAAUCCAGCAGUGGUUUGUAGAAGAUAAAAAGGUUAUUGUGGUUGAUGACACCCAUCAUGAUUUGAAACGUCUGGACUAUCUCUUUAAUCUUGCCAAAGACAAGGACUACAUUGUCUUCAUUGUUAACUGUAAAAUGGAGGAGAGCAACAACCUCCAGCUUAUGGUCCAAAACAGCCACAGCGGAGUCUCUAUAGAGAUGAUGGAACGGCUGGAGCCAAUUUUGAAGAAGAAUGUAAUCCCAUACUACUUUGGUUGGUUCUUGGUGCAAGAGGAUGGGGAGAAGAUGCGCAAAAAUGCACUGCGAUUCCUGGAUCAGCUCAGCAAAAAUGAGACGUUUCUGAACGAGUUUGUAAAACAUGUGGAAUGGGACUCCAGCGAGGAUUUCAACCUGCAGGAGUAUUUCCAGAAGAAGCCCAGUAUGUUGCAUUGUACCACAAAGUUCUGCAACUAUGGAAAGGUUCCAAAUUGUGAAUCUUACGCUGAGAACAAGGUUGUUGAACGAUCCCUUUCAAAAUCCUUUGUCCUGAAGGUUUUGGCAUUGUUUGUCACACCCAGAACAGUGGGAGCCCGUGUUUUGAUGGAUGAGCACCAGAUACAGCUCUGGCCUAUAGAAGAAGAGCACGAGGAUGCAGGUAGUUCUGGAGAUGAGAAGUCACUGCCACGUGGCAGCAGAUCCCACAUCACCUUGGCAUGUGCUCCUAACGUGCCGGCAGUUCAGACCGGAAUCGAUCUGAUCAGUAUUUUAAAGACCGAGGAAGAAAAACCCAAGCAUGAAUUUCAUAUCACGUUGGAAGAAGGUGAACUUUUGUGCUUGGGUAAAGGGGUGUGGAUCGUCAACCUGCUCAAACCAAUUGAAGUUAACACCAUUUUCUCUGGGUUUUAUGCAAAAAAGGAAUCCACCAAUGAAUGAAUGUUUUAAAAACAAAUUUUACUUAGUCAUGAGGCAUAAAACUUUUAAAUAGUUAAAAUCUGUGGUACAUUUAAUGUAAUCUCUUCCAAACACAGUAGGGGGACUUUUUUUUUAAACUGCUGGGCUAGACUUUUCUAUCUUCAUCUAAAAUUGUUCUGUAAUUGUAAUUUUCUGGUAAGGCAUUUGCUUUGCUUUAAGUGUAACCACAUGCUUAGUGUAUAAUUUCAGUACCAAGCCAACUCAGCUACCCUGCCAGAUCAGAUCCAUUGGUGAUUUAACCAAGGCAAGAUUACAUUUAACAGCUCCAUUCUGUAGUGGCCCAUGCAGGUUUAGCUGACAGUGCAGAGGGAAUAUGAAUUUGUUUAUUGUGGCAAGCUUCAUGUUAAAAUAAGAGCUCUUUGGCAGUUCAGUUUGAAAGAGGUGGAUAUAGACUUUAAGGAUCCUACACCACUUUUUGUAAGCAUCCAGAAUGACACUGCUUUUAUUGCUAUGUGAAAUUAAAGAUUCAAUAAAUGAGUUGCAACAA